ACCAGGUUUUUAGCAGCAGAGUCCUACGAGGAUAUAUACAGGAUAGUAUUCGGGGAAGGUAUAGUACCACUGUGGAGGUUGCUGUGUGAAUGUCCUGGUGUUAUAAACGCCAGUAUCGAGUGUGUCAGAACAGAGUUUGUGGAAGAAGUGACGGCGCGUAAGUUUAACUGGAAUGCGGUAAGAUCAGUGUUGCAGGGAGUAAUAAAGUCAGGAUGUGGUGAAGUUGGAGGAUCUGAGUGUUUGGUGGAGAUGUCGGAGUUGCAAGCUAGUAUCGGAAGAGUUCUGGAUAACACUUACAGGGGAGAGGAAGGGUGCCUGUCUCUGAGAAGGGCGGAGAAGGAGCUUACAGGAGUGUUCAGGGUUUUGGUAACCCAAGAGACUGCAUUGCCAUCAGAGUACGUGGAGGCGUACAUUGCAGAGUGUGUCAAGUUGUGGGAUGAGCUUAUGUGCGAUGGAGACUGUGCCGGAGAGAUGCAGGACACCUUUUACUCCAACUGUUGCAUUAAACGAGCUGCUGAAUUCCUGAACUCUAAGCAGAUGAGGAAACACUUCAAUAAGCUCUUCAAGAACGUCUGGAGUCUGUAUUUCGAGGAACCCUCUCCAAAACGAGUUGUAGACCAGUACCUAUCCAUGUUUGAGCCGGCCACUUUUUGUGGGGACAAGACUGGGGCUUAUAAAUACUUUAACAAACAAUGUGAUCAAGCCAUAGGGGCUUAACUUCAAGCUGACGUAAAACUCUUUGGGUAAAAUUAUGACCCGUAUGGCAUACAUGAGUGCAGAAUGCAGU